GCACUACCAUCCUUCGGAGAUAAUUUUAUAUCUACCAUUCCCCGUGUAAUCGUUCAGCCGAAUAUAUAAGAUUCCCAACGCCUCGAAACCAUCUAUUCCGGAGUUUCCAAUGUUCAAAAUAUCAUCAUCAAUUACUCAAGCAUGACUCCCAAACCAAACCGAACACCGAUCCUCGCUAUUCUAGUCUUCCUCGCCAUCCUGACAUUCUUCUACCAUGUCCUACCAACCCUCGUCACAACAACAGACUACAUAACAACGUCCCUCGUAACAACAUUCCGAUCUCAAUCCAUCGUCCAUGCACCGAGUCCAUGUACAGAAGAAGUCGGCCGCGGCCUAUGUUGCGAUCUCCAUCUCGGUGCUCAGCCUUGCAUCGACGAAUGCAGGAAAGAACACACAGACCGCGAGACCUUCGAACUUACGCGGGAGUAUGAACUAUGUGAGAAUCAAUGUUUGAGUGUCUAUCAAACAGCCUGCGCACAAGACGCUUCUAUCAAAGAUAACGCGCCGCCAUCACGCUUGACGAAAAGGAGUACGAGUCAAUGACGCCGACGAAACCGAAGAACUUCGACAUAGCCUCGACCGCGAUGAUUGCGUACGACAUAUUCCCAUUUACAUUCCCGUAUACCACGUAUCUUCGAGAGAGAUACCGUUGCUGCGCAGCAUUGAUUGUGC